AAAAUAAAAUUCGGUGAUUCGUGAUCCGUAACCCAAUUUUGUGACCCCUAAUCGUCAAGCACUGGCAAUUUGAGGACCUUUACGGUGAUCCUUGAUCGACUAUCGGCGUCAAUACGGUGGUUGUUGUGGCGGCUUCCAUUUUCGCAGUCGGAGGCGUCAAGGCGGAGAUCUUCAUAUCCCCUGGAAAUUAGGAAAAAAAAUAGAAAAAGGAAAAAAGAGAAAUUGCUCUCUUCUCAAACUCCAACUCACAAGAGUCGCAUUUGCUCUUCAUCUCCUCUCUCGUUCUAAUUGUAUCACCACCUUAAUCGGCGGAGCUUUUUCUGUUGUGGAUUUUCAGUUUGGAGGACUUCCAACCACCUCUCUCUCUGCCGCUGUUUUUCUCAGUGUUGACGACACGUCAAUGGCACCAAAAGCCAAAGAGAAAGCUAAAGGGUCUUCAUCACAGCCAACCAUUUCAAUCGAGGAUCUCUUUACUUCCCUUAAUAAAUUCAUCGGGAAAAAGGAAUAUGCGCAGGUCGUCAAAGUUGCAGAACAAGUUCUGUCAACUGCUCCGGGUGAUGAGGAUGCUCUUCGGUGCAAGAUUGUAGCUCUGAUUAAUACUGAUAACAUUGAUGGAGCUAUUGCGGUUAUUCAGUCUUCACAUAAGCUUCCAAUUGACCUUAGUUUCCUUAAGGCGUACUGUUUGUACAGGCUAAACAAACUGGAUGAAGCUUUGGAAUACUUGAAAAGCCAGGAGAGGAGUACUGCAACUAUGUUGCUAGAAUCCCAGAUAUUGUAUCGUUUGGGAAGAAUGGAUGCUUGCCUUGACAUCUAUCAAAAGCUUCAAAACUUAAGUGUUGACUCAUUGGAGGUCAACUUCGUUGCUGGUCUGGUAGGAGCAGGGAGAUCUUCUGAGGUGCAAAGAGUGCUAGAAGCUCUAAAGGUUAAACCAUCAAGCAGCUUUGAACUGGCAUAUAACACUGCUUGCUCUUUGAUCGAGAGGAAUAAUUAUGUGGACGCAGAACAGCUUUUGCUGUCAGCUAGAAGAGUCGGUCAGGAAUCACUGAUGGAAGAUAACUGGGCGGAUGAUGAUAUAGAAAAUGAAUUGGCACCUAUAGCUGUUCAACUGGCAUAUGUUCAGCAGAAACUUGGAAAUACACAAGAAGCUGUGCAAGCAUACUUGGACAUGAUAAAACAGAAUUUAGAUGAUGAACCAUCCCUUGCUAUUGCAACAAACAACUUAAUUUCCCUCCGAGGUCUAAAAGAAGUUUCUGACAGCCUGAAGAAGCUUGAUCGGCUUAUAGAGAAAGGUGAGGGGGGCCAGUUCCGGUUGGCUGGUGCCCUCGAGUCAAAGCUUUCAGUCAAGCAGAAGGAAGCAGUCUAUGUUAAUCGAGCACUUUUGCUGGUUCAUGCUAACAAAAUUGACCAGGCCCGGGAACUUGUUACUGCUUUAGUGGGAAUGUUUCCAGACAGUGCGACGCCAGUGCUGCUUCAAGCUGCUGUACUGGUCAGGGAGAACAAGGCUAGCAGAGCUGAAGAAGUGCUGGGGCAGUUUGCUGGUAAGUUUCCUGACAAGUUGAAGGUAUUCCUCCUUGCCAGAGCUCAAGUGGCUGCUGCCGCCGGUCACUUUCAAGUGGCAGCUGAGUCCCUUUCAAAGAUUCCCGAUAUCCAACACAUGCCUGCUACAGUGGCCACCAUUGUUGCCUUGAAAGAACGUUUAGGAGACAUCGAUGGUGCUGAGUUAGUGUUAGACAAUGCAAUCGAAUGGUGGUCCAAUUCAAUGUCUGAAGAUAACAACAAUAAACUUACCGUUAUCAUGCAAGAAGCUGCUUCUUUCAAGCUCAAGCAUGGUAGACAGGAAGAGGCUUUGAAGUUGUUUGAGGAACUUGUUAAGAACAAUAACAAUGUUGAUGCUUUGGUGGGAUUAGUGACUACUGCUGCUCAUGUCAAUGUUGAGAAGGCUGAAGCUUAUGAAAAGAAGCUCAAAUCACUUCCUGGUUUGAAAGGAAUUAAUGUAGAUGAUCUUGAGGCAACCUCUGGUGCAAAGCCUUCCGAAAAUGGGUCCCGUCUUGUGAAUAUCGAAGGGCAUGAUGAAACUAAGAAGGAUAAAACAAAGAAGAAAAGGAAGAGAAAGCCGAGAUAUCCAAAGGGGUUUGAUCCGGCUCAUCCGGGCCCACCACCAGACCCGGAGCGCUGGUUGCCAAAGAGGGAGAGAUCUACUUUCAGACCCAAGAGAAAGGAUAAGAGGGCAGCUAAUGUGAGAGGCUCACAGGGUGCGGUUUCUCGGGAUAAACACGAGGCUGGAAAUUCUGAUGGGCCUGUUCGGAGUUCUGGGGCUGAUAAUGUUGAUUCCAAGGCCACAAAUUCAAAGUCAAGCCAAACCAGCAGCUCGAAAGCAGCCUCCCAGAAUACAGGUGGAUCUAAAUCAAAAAAGAAGUCAAGGAAAUAGUCAGUUUUCUAACCUUCAUUGCAAAUUUAUUUAUUUUUCUUUCCAUUUUGUCAACAAUUUUGCCAUUCUAAGAUUUUGCUCCCAUUUUGUGUUUAUGUUGUGUCGGUGAGUCGAAAAGUAACUGCCCUUCCUUUCGGAUGAUUGUGUCUCAAUUUGAACUAAAUCCACACAGAAUUACUAGACUUAAUUA